CAGCAGCUAGCGCAGGAGAACGCUAGCUCUAGUAGCUACAAGGAGAAUGGAGCGUGCAGCGAUGCGACGGCCGCUGCUCCUCAUCCUGGCCACCGCCGUCGCCGUCGUGGUGGUCCGGGCCGAGCCGCAGGUGCCGUGCUACUUCGUGUUCGGAGACUCCCUCGUGGACAACGGGAACAACAACGACAUCGCGUCGCUGGCGCGGGCCAACUACCCGCCCUACGGCAUCGACUUCCCCGGCGGCGCGACCGGCCGCUUCAGCAACGGCCUCACCACCGUCGACGCUAUAUCUCGGCUUCUGGGCUUCGACGAUUACAUCCCCGCGUACGCCGGCGCGAGCAACGAUCAGCUCCUCACCGGCGUCAACUUCGCCUCCGCUGCAGCCGGGAUCAGGGACGAGACCGGCCAGCAACUGGGGCAACGGAUCAGCUUCGGCGGGCAGCUCCAGAACUACCAGGCGGCGGUGCAGCAGCUGGUGGGCAUCCUGGGCGACGAGGACUCGGCGGCGAGCCACCUGAGCAGGUGCAUCUUCACGGUGGGCAUGGGCAGCAACGACUACCUCAACAACUACUUCAUGCCGGCCGUCUACUCCACCAGCCAGCAGUACACGCCGGAGCAGUACGCCGACGCGCUCGCCGGCCAGUACGCGCAGCAGCUCCGGACGCUGUACAGCUUUGGGGCCCGGAAGGUGGCGCUGAUGGGCGUGGGGCAGGUCGGGUGCAGCCCCAACGAGCUGGCGCAGCGCAGCCCCGACGGCGCCACCUGCGCGGCGGAGAUCAACGGCGCCAUCGACAUCUUCAACCGGAGGCUCGUCGCCCUCGUCGACCAGUUCAACGCGCUGCCCGGGGCGCACUUCACCUAUAUCAACGCCUACGGGAUCUUCGAGGACAUCCUCAGAGCCCCGGGCUCGCACGGCCUGAAGGUGACGAACCGAGGGUGCUGCGGGGUCGGGCGGAACAACGGGCAGGUGACGUGCCUGCCGUUCCAGACGCCGUGCGCCAACCGGAACGAGUACCUCUUCUGGGACGCCUUCCACCCCACGGAGGCGGCCAACAUCCUCGUCGGCCGGAGGGCAUACAGCGCGGCGCUGCCGUCCGACGUCCACCCGCUGGAUCUGCGCACGCUCGCGCAGCUCUAGCUGCAUUGUUAGAGCAGAUGGCGGUCACCGUACGUACUCACGCUAAGAGGAGCAAAGCCACGAUGAUAUGUGCAGUACGGGAAUUAUAAGCAGGUUACACG